AUGGAGCCUUCGACAGAGCCAGAGUACCGGAAGUCUGGAGGUGUUCCCAGCAACCAGUACAUCUGUAAAGCUCUGGCGGUCGUCGCCAAGGCGACCGGGUUGCGGCUGCUCUGCCCUCCGGCCCGGUUCUGCACCCAUAACGGAGCGAUGGUCGCCUGGAACAGAAUGGAGCGUCUGAGGGAAGGAACCGGGAUCCUGGCGCCGGAGGUGGAGGUCAGCUACGAGCCCAGAGCUCCGCUGGGCGUGGACAUCACAGCCGAGGUGAGGGACGCCGCCAUCAGGCCGCCGCCCAUCCGGAUCAAGAUCCCAGCCUGACCGGCAGAACUCCCUCUAUCCAAACAGUGCAGAUAUGAGAUGUUUAUUUAUUAAUAAAGUAUUUUAAUAUGAA